CUGAAUUUUUUGCUCUGUGAGCGUGCUUACUGUACCUCUCCUUAAAUUUGGUUUUGUUUUUAUUGUAGUAGCUUAGGUUUACAGUAUUGGUUUAUUUAACUUAUUUAAUAUCAUUCUUAUUUACUUCUCUUAUUUUAGUUUAUACAUACUGUUCAUUUACCAUUUAGUUAAGUAUAGUGUGUUGAAUUGAUGAUGGAAACAUUCUUGUAUUAUGCAGGGAAACUGCUGUUUGAGGUCUGUCUCCGUAAAUACAACGAGAAUCAAAGACAACACAAAGAGUACAUCAGUGAACUUCUGGCAAGACACCAGGAGGAGCUGGAGGAAAAAAAUGCAAGAGUUACAGCUUUGGAAGAAGAAAAUAAAAAGCUAGUCAGCAAUAUGGCAAACGCUGUUCAGGAAAACCGCAAACUAAAGGAGAAACUUCAGAAGAAACUUCAGGAAACUGAAGGAAGGCUUGCCCAGCUGAAUACAGAUGUCACAGAAUCCAUAGAAGAUAGGAGGAGGCAACACCAGCUAGAAGAAUUGGAGGGGGAAGUCGAAGAGAUGUGCUCCAAGGUAUACCUCUCUGGAAUGUUUAACCAACAUAGAGAAAGAUGAGAUGCCACCUUUAUUGGAUGAACGUGGAAUAAUCCCACUCACCAGCUGCUGUUUCAUAUGAUAU